GUUCAUAACGACCAAGUGUUGUUGCCCUUCAGUUCGUAGAUCCUCGGUGAUUGUUGGCGCGACCCCACCAGUCGUGUGCUGUGUACUAUGAUGCUGGCGAAUACAACACCAGGGCAACGGCUGGCUGUGGCUGCAGGAGGAUCGCGUGCCGUCAAUAUAUAAACCCACAUGCCCGCCCGCUGCUUCGCAGCCUUCUUUCUUUUCUCGGCACCGCUGCAGUCAACAACCAAGUCCACCUUUGGACUUCCAUGCAACGCGUGUCGAUCCUCUAAAAUCCGCCCACCUCAAUAUCUCACCUUCCGCCUACUCGAAACAUUCGUUUAUCGCUCUCCGCUCACUCAGCUCGCUUCGAAACAUCCGUCCAACCACACGAUCACAGUCAAACUACAAGCCCGCUGUCACCAUCAUGUUUAAACGCUCGUUCGCCGCUUCAUCGCGGGAGCGGUCGGGCAAGGUGCAGAAGGUUUCAAAACGGUCGUUCCGCGACGAUGCCAAGCAACGUCUGCGCGAGCAUCUCGCCAAUGCAAGCCCGGACACGUCUCCGUCGAUCGGCUCGUGUUCGCCGAGCCUUAACUCGGCAAUCGUGACCAUCACCGUUGGGCCGGAUCGGCGUUUGUUCGCCGCGCACGAGCAUGUGCUGGCCCGCUCUCCGGUGCUCGCAGACCUCUGCCGCGCACAGUUCUUCGAGCCAUCGGGGGAGCGCAGCAUAGACUUGCCCGAAGACGAGCCAGUUGUUUUCGCUGCUAUCCUCGAGUUUCUCUACAAGCAUGAGUAUGCACCCCGACUCAUGCGCGACGUCAAGCGUGAUACGUGGUACCUCGAGGAUGAUGCCGAGUACGAAGCAUCUUCCUCGUCCUCAGCCUCACGUCAGGAUAUUGCUGCUUCGAUGAGACACCCUCCCGGACGGCAAUCUGCCUACGAGCCCGCCGCAUCGACAAUUUACCACCACGGCGUGGGUGACUAUAUCCUCCGGGAUACCGUUAUAUACUGUGCGGCUCUCCGUCUGCAGCUGCCCGAUCUGCAGCGCCUCGCUUUGCGCAAACAAGGUCUGGUGCAAGGAUUGGACUGCGCGACGGUUCUGCGCAGUGCGCGCUUUGCGUACAGUCACACGCCGCCCAGCGAUUCACGCCUCCGCGCGCACUACCUCGCUCUUAUCAUCCGUGGGCGCCGCACCUUCAAACGUAGCGGCACUCUGCAAAUGGAAAUGGAGCGAGGCGGCACGCAGCUGUUCUUUGAUGUCUUUGUCGCCAUGUGUAAUCACAUUGAGGAUCUCUCGGAGAAAGGGCAAGUCUCUUCUUUCUGAUUAUACAUCUCGUUUGUCUUGCUUGUAAUCCGCAGCUUUCGGGCAGCUGAACGUGUAAGUGAACUUUACUUGCUGACAUUUAUCUCUGUUCGAUCGCUCUAGUUCCGACCGAACUCCUCGAUCCUACAAGUGAAGCACACAUGCGCCUCGAUGCACAUCAGCCAUCUCGGAUGCGCUCUCCAAUCGAUUCUGCAACUCUGUUCAAGCCAAUUUCUGCUGAUCUCUCCUCAUUGACAUCU